AUUCUGGUGUGCAAUCUUUGCGUGCGCUUUUUGUCGUCGCUUCAAUUCAGAUGUCCCUUCUUCCCUGUCCCAGUUACUUGGAUACUAGCUCACCCAUGGGCAUCCAACGUCACGGUUUUCCCUCCCACCACUUCAAAGUUGAUGAUGGCAUAGCGCGGCCUGACUCAAAUGGGGCUGAUGCCUGUGGCUGAAGACCUUGUUGUUAACUUGCCAUGCCGUCCCACAGUUUGAAAAUGUGACUGCGCACAACACAGAGAAAGAGGGAGCCUUUAACUUCUCAGGGUUAUAAUUAUCGAGUUUACUUUAUUUUAUUUUAUGUUUUAUCAACCAGCAACUUUGAAAUCGAAUAUUUGCUAUCAACUUCUCACUAUGCACGGUCCCUUCGGGAAGUUUUAGGCGGCACAAGCAAUUUGGUGGCCGAUAACAGGCAGCAACCAAGCCAAGAAACGCCAUAUCUUACACCAGCCACCGCCAUGAAAACUCAGCCCUGUGAGUUCAACCUCGCCCAUUUCACAUGCAAAUCCAGCUUCACGAUGAUAAGAAGAGGAGAAUUCGUCAUGGGCAACCAUUUUCUUAAUUCCCCCAUAACAUCACAAUACCCGAUACAAAAUGAGUUCCGACACAAACCAUGGGGUAGUGGAAGAAUCACAGGAGCCUUCGCCACCCGAGUAUGAGCCUGGGACAGAACCGACACCGCCUGAAUAUGAUCCUGGAACAGAACCUCUACCUGGAUACUUCCGAGAAAUUUCUGGCCUUGAGAGCAUUAUCUUGGCUCGAAGGAACAGUACUGCACCUUUAAGCCGCGACGAUAUAACGUGGGACUUGGAGACUUGGCGCCAAUAUAUCCAGAUUUACCCCCCCUCGACUAAACCCUGGGAUGAGAGGGAUGCAAAAGAAAAUGCCUUUGUCGCAUCAAGUCUGUUUAUGGGAAUUAAUCUGGGAAAGGGCGAUGUGAUUGCGUUCUUGAUCGAAAAUGGCAUUGUUACGCCGAAUACGAAGCUGGCCGAAGAGACUCCAUUACUACGUGCAGUGGCAAAAACAAAUGUGCGGAUAGUGAAGCAGCUCCUUGAUUUGGGAGCAGAAAAAGAUGCGCUAGGUUCUGUUUCCACAUACUAUGAUAGUUUCCAGGGAACUGUACACGUCUUUCGUACCCCGCUCCAACAUGCAGCAUCAUUGGGUCAUCUUGUGCUUGUGAAACUCCUAAUGGAAACUUACCAUUGCGAUGACUCCAUCGUGGCCCCUGACGGUCAAACCGCCCUGCGCCUAGCAGCUGAGAAUAGACAUCACGAGGUCGUUGAUUACCUACCAACACGGAGAUCGGGAGGCUUCCGAAGAUGGAAGCACGCACACCGGAAAUCACUGCGGCGCGCUACAAAGGCUGUGGUAAGGAUUCUUGACUUUCUGAAGUUCUUCUGUUGGUCUGUCCCCAAGUUCAUUUUGUGGGACAUCCCAAAGAAUACGAUUGUCAAGCCGAUUAUGAAGGGCUGUGCGUGGUGCUGGAAAAACCGAAAAGAUUUCGGUCCAUGGUGCAAGCACCAACUACUCAAUCUACCGGGAAGGGUUGCACGAUUUGGGAAGAGGGUUGGUAAGAGUUUGGCAAAAAUCCCCGGGGAUUGUUGGGACUUUGGAACCAAGACCCUGCCACGAUGGAUCAAAAAGUUUUCGAUUUGGUUGUGGAAACUAGUCUCUGAAAGAUUACCGAGGGCCUUUGGUAUCCUAGCACGAUGGAUCUCAAGCAUCAUUACCUCUUCCGCGAAGGCAGUUUGGAAUGUCAUCUUGAAGAUAGUCUCGCUCUUGUCAACAGUGGUGGAGGCCGUCAUAUCAUUUCUUCGGAGGGUUACGCUGACUGAUGUUUGGAAUGGUUUUGUCGAGGUCCUAAAGGCGAUAUUUAUGACCUUCCCGAAAAUAAUCCUAUCUUGGAUAAAAACCGGCGGCAAAACAUCCUACAAAGUGUUGAAAGCACUGUUUGGGACGGCUGGUAAGAUCCUCUGGUACUUUGUGUUCGCACUUGGCUGGGUAAUUAUUUUCAUCCCAAGACAGCUAUGGAAAAUUAUCAAAAGCUUUGGAGAAAGUUUCAUGAAGGGAUCUCAUGAGUUAAGAGUUUGGUUAAAUCCAAAGGUGAGGUGAUAAGGGAAUAGCGUAUCGAAUUGUUGGGGGGGGAUCUUUUGUACAUAUACUGAGAUGUGAGCCUACAAUACCCAUGAUAUAUAUAUAAUACAGUAC